AUGGAUCUUGUGCAAAAAGAGAAUGAUCGUCUGCAUAAACGACUGAAGGCUUCAGCAGGCAUCAAUAGUGUCCAGGCCACGAUCGAUCUGUUGCAGUCCGCUCGUGAUGCCAUUGCCUCUGAUCCAAACCAGGCCGCUAUUACCCUAGCCAAGCUUCAAAAUCCCGUCAAGGCGUCCUUCAACUCGAUCAACGAUACCCUUAAAGAGACCCAUAGCGGUCUCAACAAGUACAACAAGUCACUUGAUAAGCUCUUUAAAGAUCGUCCUCUACCCAGUACCGAGGAUGAUGCUCUUUCACAGCAAGAACAACUCAUCAACCGUGCUAUUUCUAUGCAUCUUCUUCGUGAGGGCCAGUUCUCCGUCGCUGCUUCCUUCAUCUCCGAAAUUGCUGAACAAAAGCCUGUUGUGCAUGCUACCAAUUUCUCCCCACGCUCCCCGGAGCAUGCCGCCAGCCUACUCGACCUGGACGAGGUCCCUUCCAACGAGAUUCGAAAACAGUUCGCGGCCAUGUACUAUGUUCUGCAUGAGAUGAAGGAGAAUAAUAACCUACGACCCGCCAUCCAAUGGUCGCAAGAGAAUCGGGAGGCGCUCGAGGCGCGGGGAAGCAACCUUGAGUUCGAGUUAUGCCGGCUGCAGUUUGUAUGGCUCUUCCACGGCGAAACGCAUAACAGUGACAUUCGGAAUUGGCAGUCUGCUUUGAAUUAUUCCAGACAGUCUUUCCAACAUUUGGUGCCCCGUUACCUCCGCGAGAUUCAGCAGUUGACAGGUGCCAUGGCGUUUUGUGCUAAUCUGAAAGGCUCACCCUACAACCAUAUCUUUAACAACCCCUCGGCUUGGGAUGAUGUAGCACAGUCAUUUACUCGAGAAUUCUGCUCACUUUUGGGACUGUCUGCUGAUUCACCUCUCUAUAUUGCUGCAACAGCUGGGGCUAUCGCUUUGCCGACUCUUCUGAAGCUGCAGACGAUUAUGAAGGCCAAGCACACAGAGUGGACCAGCGAAAACGAACUUCCGGUCGAAAUCUCGCUUCCACCCUCCUACCUAUUCCAUUCGAUCUUUGUUUGUCCCGUCUCCAAAGAACAGGCGACCGAUGACAACCCACCGAUGAUGAUGCCAUGUGGGCACGUCAUUGCCGAAGAAUCUCUCCGACGUAUCAGUAAGGGAAAUCGGUUCAAGUGCCCCUAUUGCCCGAGUGAAAGCCACCCUAAAGAUGCACGCAAAGUGUUUCUGUGA